CGGGUGCAAGCAACCUUUGGAGCCCACUUACGGGUUAACGAUUAAUCAGAUAAAUCAGCUGUGCAUUUCUGCGUCUAAAGAUCAUUAUACUGGAGUUUCGACUUUUGACCGAUUUUUACUAGUGAUUAGAUAUUACUUUAUAUUUAAUGUUAGUUACGAUGUGGGGCUUAGCUGCACUCAGAGGUAUAAAAUAUUCUGUCAGUAGCCUCCGAUUAUUCAGCAAUAUGAAAGUCAAGGUGCCUGUUAAGCAAGGUGUGCUGGUUGGACAGCGUCAGCAGUUGCCCAGUGGCCUAGUAUACGAAAGCUUCCUAGGAGUGCCCUAUGCACAGCCACCAGUGGGUGAGCUGCGUUUUCGAAGCCCCGUGCCAGUGGAGCGUUUCAAGGAGCCAGAGCUGGACUGCAGCAAAGAAGGUGAUGUCUCACAUCAGCGUGAUCCAUUUAUGCUGGAAGUCAUUGGCUCGGAGAACUGUUUGUUCCUCAAUGUGUAUGAGCCCAAAGGAAAGUCGGCGAAGCCGCUGCCCGUCAUGGUAUGGAUUCAUGGUGGUGGCUUCUGGUUUGGCAACGGAAAUAGAGAUUAUCACUUUCCUGCACAGCUAAUGCAGCAAGAGGUAAUAGUGAUUACCCUGAACUAUCGCUUGGGUGCGUUGGGUUUUCUCAGUUUGCCAGAGGCCGGCAUCUAUGGCAAUGCGGGAUUGAAGGAUCAGCGUCUGGCGCUACAGUGGGUGCAGGACAACAUUGCCAACUUCAAUGGUGAUCCCCAGAAUGUGACCCUUUUUGGGGAGAGCGCGGGCGCAGCUGCAGUGCAUCUGCACACUUAUGCCGAGCAUGCCAACAAACUGUUCCACAAGGCCAUCAUGCAGAGCGGCACAGGCAACAUGGAGUGGGUUUUCCAGCAAAAUGCGGCAUACAAAGCCAGACGCUUGGGCGAACUAUUGCAGGGCAAGAAUAUUGAGCAGGCGAGUCAACUGCUGGAAUUCCUGCAGUCCAAACAGGUGACACCACUGGAUCUCCUUAAAAACACUGUGGGUGUGCUCAGCGAUGAUGAGCGUCGUCGCGGGCUGCCGUUGGCAUUCAAGCCAGUUGUGGAGGAUGCUGAAAGUUCAGAUAGUUUCAUUAACAGAAACUUUAUGGAUCUGAUGCAUGAUAAGGAACGGCUGCGUGGAAUGCCUAUGAUAAUGGGCUAUAAUUCAGCAGAAGGCAUGGCUAUGCUUGUGAAUGCCCGGCGGAAGCUAGAAGUGUACAAUGAGGAUAUGGCGCGUGUGGUUCCACGCAAUCUGGUGGAUCAACCAGAGUCGCCAGUGGCACUGGAAGCAGCUGAGGAUAUGCGUCAAUUCUAUUUUAAUGGAAAGGCAUUGACAGAAAAUUGUCUGGACAAUCUGAUUGAUUUGUUCACAGAUUACCACUUUAAUAUUGAUCUGCAACACGCUGCAGAGAUUCAUGUUAACUGCCAGCGGACGGCACCGUUAUAUUUCUAUCGCUUUGACUAUGUGGGUGGACGGAACAUGUACAAGCGCAUGUUCCAGGCUGAAAAACUUCGCGGAGUAUCGCAUGCAGAUGAGCUGUUCUAUCUGUUCCAAAUGUUAGAUGAUCAGAUGCCACUCGCCCCAGAGGAUGGCCAAAUGUCGGAGCGUCUAUGCCAAAUGUGGGCCAAUUUUGCGAAACACGGCAAGCCGUUGGAAACAUGGACGCCAGUGCAGAGAUCGAAGAGGAGCCCUAAUGGUGAACUCGAGCCCAUUCGGCUGGAUUAUAUGAAAAUCGAUCGGGAGUGCAAAAUGAAGUCAGAUCCAGAUGCAGAGCGUAUCGAUUUCUGGCGCAGCAUGUACAAAAGAUAUAAGCCGCAAUGCUAUGAUGAGCUCAGAGCAAAGUUGUAAUUGAUAUACCAUAUUCAAAUUGUUUAUUUUGAUAUUAGUUCACUAGUUCACUUGAGCUCGAGCUUUGAUUUAUCGAUAUUUUUACGAGUAAUUAUUGUAUUGUCGUUUUAGUAUUUUAUCGAUUAUAUCUGAAGCUCAUAAGACCAAGAA